GCCUUUUACUCCUCCGUUUCCGAUCUGCGAUCUCCGGUCUUCGAUCUUCGUCCUGUCUCCGAUCCAAAACCCUAAAUUCUAUGCUCAUUUCCUCUCCUUUAAACCCUGAUCGGUGAUCACGAUGCUUCAGAUCUGAACCUGCCUCUUCACUGUUGUCUUUGACAGAUCUGAGCUACUCUCCGAUCUCAGGUAGAUUUCGUCUUGUAUUGGAGGAGUAAGAGAGUUUUAGAGUAUUGUUUGAUUGAAUUAUGGCAGCUCCAGUGCCUCCAGGGGCACCUAGACCUGGCAGCAAUAUGCAACCGCCUCCACCUAAUUAUAAUCCCAAUUUUCAAAGCAAUCCUGCUUCGUUAGCUGAUAACAUGCAAAAUUUGAACCUAAAUCGGGCUCCUUUAUUGCCCAAUUCUGGUCCUAGGCCGUCCCCUUUUGGCCAACAACCACCUUUCUCGCAAUCUGCUCCUACCAGUGGAUUUCCUGGUGUAUCCCCGUCAAUGUCCCGACCAGGACCGCCACCUGCUAUGAUGGGAAGAUCUGCAGUGCCCCCUACUGGACCUCCACAAUCCACAUUGCCUGCAAAUGUACCCCAAGGAAGGCCAACUGGUCCACCUGUUAGUCAGCCACAACCCUUUGGGUCCAGACCUUCUCUUGGGUCCUUGCCAACUUCAAUGAGUGGUCCAAUAGUUGCGCCUUCUGGGGCACCUUCUAGCGGUUUCCCUUCAUCAGGUGUUCCUAGUGGUGCAGUUCCACCUCCACAGGUUGCUCGCCCAAGUCCAUUUAUGUCUUCUUCACCUUUGUCUGGCAGCCCAAUUGCACCCCCAUCUAGCGUACCUGGUGGUCCUUUGACCAAUGGGCCGCCAAUGAUUGGUUCAGGAGCUUUGGCAGGUGCACCUCGAUUUCCUUCUGCUGCAAGCCUCUCACAACCUCCUCUUGGACCUCCUCCAACAACGAUUUCAGCUAGGGCUCCAACUCAGGUUCCAACUAUGCGUUCUGUUUUAGGAGGUUCUGCCAUUAGUGCACCUCCAGGUCCUCCCAUGCAACCACCAUCACCAUUGUCAGGUAUGCCUCAAGUUAGGCCGCAGACCACCGCUUCUCCCUUUGGACCACAAGCAUGGCAAGGGCAACUGCCACAGGCUACUCUGUCUCAAUUUCCUGGUUCUGCACAACCACCGAGGAUGAUUGGAAUGCCACCUCCACUACCAAAUCAAGCCAUGACUACCAUGCCACAUGCUAUGGGUCAACCUGGAGCCCCUCUGGCUGGCCCAUCAAAGAUUGAUCCUAAUCAAAUUCCAAGGCCCAUUCCUAGUUCCUCACCCGUUGUGCAUGAAACACGCCAAGGCAACCAGGCCAAUCCUCCUCCGCCUGCUACUAGUGAUUACAUUGUCAGAGAUAAUGGAAACUGCAGUCCACGCUACAUGAGGUGCACUAUCAAUCAGAUCCCAUGUACAGCCGAUCUUUUAUCAACAUCUGGAAUGCAGCUGGCUUUGUUGGUCCAGCCAUUGGCCCUCUCCCAUCCAUCAGAGGAGCCUAUUCAAGUUGUGGACUUUGGGGAAAAUGGUCCUGUGCGCUGUUCUCGCUGCAAAGGUUAUAUAAAUCCUUUCAUGAAAUUCAUCGAUCAGGGAAGGAAGUUUAUCUGCAACUUGUGUGGAUUCACUGAUGAUACUCCACGUGACUACCACUGCAAUCUGGGUCCAGAUGGCAGGCGUAGAGAUGCUGAUGAGAGGCCUGAGCUUUGUCGAGGAACAGUUGAAUUUGUUGCCUCAAAAGAAUAUAUGGUUCGUGAUCCAAUGCCAGCUGUGCACUUUUUCCUCAUCGACGUAUCAAUGAAUGCAGUACAGACAGGUGCAACAGCAGCAGCUUGCAGUGCAAUCAAUCAAGUUAUUUCUGAUCUUCCAGAGGGUCCUCAAACUAUGGUGGGAAUUGCAACAUUUGACUCAACAAUCCAUUUUUACAAUUUAAAACGGGCAUUGCAGCAGCCGUUGAUGCUCAUUGUUCCUGAUAUACAAGAUGUUUAUACUCCUCUGGAAACAGAUGUUAUUGUUCCACUCUCAGAGUGCCGUCAACAUUUAGAGCUUUUGCUGGAAAGCAUCCCAACAAUGUUUCAGAAUAGUAAAACUGCUGAGUCAUGUUUUGGAGCUGCAAUCAAGGCUGCUUUCUUGGCCAUGAAGAGUACUGGUGGAAAGCUUCUACUAUUCCAGUCAGUCUUGCCAUCAGUUGGCAUUGGAGCCCUCUCUUCAAGGGAAGCCGAGGGUAGAACAAACAUCUCUGCUGGGGAAAAGGAGGCCCAUAAAUUACUUCAGCCGGUGGACAAAACUUUAAAGACAAUGGCAAUUGAGUUUGCCGAGUAUCAGGUCUGUGUUGACAUAUUUAUCACCACCCAGACUUACAUAGACAUUGCUUCUGUCUCUGUUAUCCCAAGGACGACAGGAGGCCAGGUUUAUUACUAUUAUCCGUUCUCAGCUCUAUCUGAUCCUGCAAAACUUUACAACGAUCUCAGAUGGAAUGUUACACGGCCCCAAGGUUUUGAGGCUGUCAUGCGUGUAAGAUGCAGCCAAGGUAUCCAAGUCCAAGAGUACUCUGGAAACUUUUGCAAGCGCAUUCCAACUGACAUUGACCUUCCAGGGAUUGAUUGUGACAAAUCCAUAUUGGUAACCUUAAAGCAUGAUGAUAAAAUGCAAGAUGGCUCAGAAUGUGCUUUUCAGUGUGCGCUUCUUUACACCACUGUUUAUGGCCAAAGAAGAAUUCGAGUUACGAACUUAUCCUUGCCAUGCACAAGUAUGCUAAGUAAUUUUGAACAUGUGAGUGAUGAGGGAAUAUAUCUUCUUGAGAACGGUGAAGAUGCUCUAAUAUAUAUUGGGGGCUUAGCAAAUCCAAGUACCUUGCAGCAACUUUUUGGGUUUUCCUCAGUCGAUGAAGUUCCUACUCAGUUGGUGCUGCAGCAGUUUGACAACCCAUUGUCAAAGAAGUUGAAUGAUGUAGUAAAUGAGAUUCGGCGUCAAAGAUGUUCUUACCUCCACUUGAAGUUAUGCAAGAAGGGGGAUCCAUCAGGAAUGCUAUUCUUCUCAUACAUGGUUGAAGACAAGACUUCAACUGGUCCUUCCUAUGUCGAGUUUCUUGUACAUAUUCAUCGUCAAAUCCAGAUGAAAAUGUCAUGAUAAUUUCAGUUUUCUCCAGUCCAGCACACACAGUAUUCCCUCUGAGUUCAGUCAUAUGCCAUGAACAAACGAGAAAUUACAAGGCAGAAGAAAGACAAAAAUCUGAGUAGCCUCUCCUACUCUGAGUUUCUUGUACAUAUUCAGUGGCAAAUCUGAAUGGAAAAAUAUAUAUGAUUGUUUCAUGCUUCCUGGGUUUGUUUCAGAUUGUGGUCGUCAAACUCUGAUGGCAAACUUGGAGAUUAGAACCGGAGAAACAUCAUAUUUGGUAUGCAUGAAUUAGGAGGCUCAUCGAUUGUUUAAUUUUGGACAACGAUCUGAGAUAAGUUUUGCUGCCACAGGUUCCUAGACAGAAACAUGGAUGCUUGAUAUUAGUGAGGAUCGGUUGAAACUAAUAAAAUACUGUAACUUUGAUUUUGACAUCUUUGGUGCAUUUUUGCUCCCUGGUUUCCAUACCAUUUGCUCCAUUCUUCCCAGUUUUAACAUUCGAAUCUCAAGUUCAUAACAGACUAACAGGGGAGAUAAUCUUGGGAUGAACUUAAUUCCACGCAAGUGACUCUUAGAGCCAGCAAUCUUGAGAUUGCAGACUAGUUUGUAGCAAUAUAAUUUUAAAAUUAUG